GGUGUAAAACGGGGCCCGGAGCGGCAACGGCCUCCGAGCGGCAGAUGGCGCUGUGAGCGCGUGUCUGCGGAAGCGGCGCGGGCCGCGCUGACCCAGUUCCGGCGGCGGCGGCGGCGGUGGCGCAGGGAGCCGAAUCCCGGGAGCUGGCGGCUUGUGGGGCACCAUGCCAUAUGCCAACCAGCCCACCGUGCGGAUCACGGAGCUCACCGACGAGAAUGUCAAGUUCAUCAUUGAGAACACGGACCUGGCGGUGGCCAACUCUAUACGGAGGGUCUUCAUCGCCGAGGUGCCCAUAAUAGCCAUUGACUGGGUUCAGAUUGAUGCCAAUUCCUCAGUCCUUCAUGAUGAGUUCAUUGCCCACAGACUUGGACUAAUUCCCCUCACUAGUGACGACAUUGUGGACAAGCUGCAGUACUCCCGGGACUGCACGUGUGAGGAGUUCUGCCCCGAGUGCUCGGUGGAGUUCACCCUUGACGUGCGCUGUAACGAAGACCAAACUCGUCAUGUCACGUCUCGAGACCUCAUCUCCAACAGCCCCCGGGUCAUUCCAGUGACCUCCCGGAACCGAGAUAAUGACCCCAAUGACUACGUGGAACAGGACGACAUCCUUAUUGUCAAGCUAAGGAAAGGCCAGGAGCUAAGACUUCGAGCCUAUGCCAAAAAGGGCUUUGGCAAGGAGCAUGCCAAGUGGAACCCUACUGCAGGUGUGGCUUUUGAAUAUGAUCCUGACAAUGCCCUGAGGCACACAGUGUACCCCAAGCCCGAGGAAUGGCCAAAGAGUGAGUACUCUGAGCUGGAUGAAGAUGAGUCCCAGGCUCCCUACGACCCCAACGGCAAGCCAGAGAGGUUUUACUACAACGUGGAGUCCUGUGGCUCUCUGCGUCCCGAAACAAUUGUCCUCUCAGCCCUCUCUGGAUUGAAGAAGAAGCUGAGUGAUUUACAGACCCAGUUAAGCCAUGAGAUCCAGAGUGAUGUCCUAACCAUAAACUAGCGGCAGCUCACCUGUUUUGGCAGAAAAGGGGUGGGGGGGAGUCUAGGCCAGCAGCUGGCUCUCUGGUCUCUUCAGAGCCUCUUGUAGCUUCUGGGUCUAGACAGCUGUUGCUCAGGCUUCUUGGCAAGCCAUCAGUACCCCCUAGGAAGGUAGCCAAGGGGAAGAGGAGUCCCCUUCCAGCCUUGCUUCAUUGCAGACAGAUGGCCGGGGGUGCCACUGGUAUCUGAGGCAGGACAGUUUUUUUACUAGACAUCUAGGAUCCCUGGCCCUGCCCCCGCCCCCUGAUUGCCAGUAGUACCCCCAGAACAUCCCUUCCAGCCCGUUUCCCGGUGUGCCUGGGUGGGGUGAGAACUGCAGAGCUGAACUGUCCUCUACUGGUCAGUUCAGGUCUUAAACUUUCUGUCCAAAAGUUGUUCUCACAGUUGUACGUUGGGCUUCUGGUGAGUACUAAAACCCUCAUUCUGGUUGCCUACAAACCCUUCCAGCCCCUGCCCAGAGCCAGCCUACUGGCACUUCACUCAAAUCCUUGAGUGUCCCUAAGUUGAGAACCCUUAGAGAAUAGUGUUAGACACUGGCUGCCCCCCACCCCAGAUAAACCGUUUUUCCAACUUCACUGCCAGUGGCCUGAUUAUUUAAGAUUGGGGGCUGGGGAGCAAGGGCCUUAAUGAAGGUCUGGCCUUGACCCCUUACCCCUAGAGGUAGAGUCAUGCCCAAAGCAGUUGAUUAGGCAGUCUGUUAGGAGAAGCCAGGAGAAAACCAGAGCUCUGGUGCAGAAAGGAAGGGAUAUUUAUUAACAGGAGCUGUCUUUUUAAAAGUUUUUAUUUUUGGCAAUAAAGAGCACAACAUCAUCUC